CCGGGGAAGCCGGGCUGCGGAGCGGCAAUUUCAGUGUGAGAGCGCGGCCGAGCGACGGCCCGGGGCGGCUCCUCCCGCCGGGUCGGCCGCGCACGCGCACCGCCGCCGCCCUCGCCCGCCCGUCCGCCGCCCGGCGCCGCCGAGCGAGCAGCGGCUCCCCGGACCCCGACCCCGCGCCCGGACGCCGACCCCGCGCCCUGCUCGGAUGACCGAGGAGGCUGGCCGCACCCGCAGCCAGAAGCGAGGCCUUGAGCAUGACCCUGUGGAGGACGAUGCCGACGGCAAGAGAAUGAGGACGGAGCGGGGACUACCGGCCGAUGACCCCAGGCCUGCCCCGGACCCCCAGGCCAUCCCUGAACCCCCUGAGCUGGCCAGCGGGAAUGGGGCUGACGGGCCAGCCGAGGACGGGCCCGUGGACAUGCGCACCUCACACAGUGACACGAGGGCCGAGAGGAGAGCCCCCUCCCCCGACGUGAUCGUCCUCUCAGAUGGUGAGCAGCCAGCCAGCCCCAAGGUCAACGGGCUGGGCCAAGACACCCUGGAGGAGCCCGGCACUGAGGCCCUGAUGAAGAGCAGCCCGGAGGACCGGGAGCGCGUCAUCAAGCAGCUGAAGGAGGAGCUGCGUCUGGAGGAGGCCAAGCUGGUGCUGCUCAAGAAGCUGCGGCAAAGCCAGAUCCAGAAGGAGGCACCCACCCAGAAGCCCUCAGGUUCCACCGUGGGCGCUGUCACCACCCCUCCCCCACUGGUACGGGGCACCCAGAACAUUCCUCCUAGCAAGGUGUCGCUUCAGACCUCCUCCACUCGAGUGCCGGGCAGCGUCAUCCCGCCACCCCUGGUCCGUGGUGGGCAGCAGGUGUCCAGCAAGCUCGGCUCGACAACCAGCUCCCAGGUGGUCAUGCCGCCUCUGGUCAGGGGAGCCCAGCAGAUCAUCCGGCAGCAUUCCGGCACCGGCCCCCCACCGCUGCUCCUGGCUCCCCGGGCAUCAGUGCCCAGCGUGCAGAUCCAGGGCCAGAGGAUUAUCCAGCAGGGCCUCAUCCGGGUGGCCAACGUGCCCAGCGCCAGCCUGCUGGUCAACAUCCCCCAGCCCUCCCCAGCCUCCACGAAGGGGACCUCAGGUGUGGCAGGUCAGCCCGGCUCCACGCCCGCCAGUGUGGCCUCUGCGACUUCCACUGCCGAGUCCCCGGCUAGUCGCCAGGCAGCUGCCAAGCUGGCCCUGCGGAAGCAGCUGGAGAAGACGCUCCUGGAGAUCCCCCCGCCCAAGCCCCCCGCACCGGAAAUGAGCUUUCUGCCCAGCGCCGCCAACAACGAGUUCAUCUACCUGGUGGGCCUGGAGGAGGUGGUGCAGAACCUGCUGGAAACACAAGGUAGCUGUGCCGUGCCCCGCCCCACCCUGCCCCACCCCUGCACCCGGUGCCCCCCUGCAGGCCUGACAUGGGCCUCUUCAGCAGGCAGGGUGGCGCCCAAGGCCGUACUCACGUCCCGGGAGCCCCACGCCUGCGCCCAGUGCCACACGGACUUCACGUGCCGCUGGCGUGAGGAGAAGGGCGGUGCCGUCAUGUGUGAAAACUGCACGGCCUCGCGGCAGAAGAGGGCGCUCAAGGCCGAGCACACCAGCCGCCUCAAGGCCGCCUUCGUCAAGGCGCUGCAGCAGGAGCAGGAGAUCGAGCAGCGCCUCCUGCAAGCUGGCCCCCCCCAGGCGCAGCCCAAAGCCGAGCCCGCCACGGCACACCCCGCACUCAAGCAGGUGAUAAAGCCCCGGCGUAAGCUGGCGUUCCGCUCGGGAGAGGCCCGCGACUGGAGUAACGGGGCCGUGCUACAGGCCUCCAGCCAGCUGGCCCGCAGUUCAGCCAGCACCCGCGGCGUCCUGCACUCCUUCAGCCCCUCGCCCAAGCUGCAGGCUUCGGCCUCGACCGGCACCCUGGUCAGCAGGACCGGCCGCCACGCAGAGCGGCCGGCGGGUGCCAAGGGUGGGGCCGCCUCCAGCUGGAAGAAGGCAUCUCUGAGCUCAGGCGGCGCCCUGGCCUUCGUCAGCCCCAGCCUGGCUGUGCACAAGACGUCAGCGGCCGCCGACCGCCAGCGCGAGUACCUGCUGGACAUGAUCCCGCCUCGCUCCAUCCCACAGUCGGCCGCCUGGAAGUAGCAAGGCCCACGCCUGCACCCCGGACCCCACUCCCACCCCCGGACCCCGCCCGCGAGCCUGGUGCUCCGCCAGCUCCCGCAGUCUCUGCUUCCCGCCGGCCGCCUCCAAGUCACAUGGGCUGUCAGUCUCUAGGUUG